UAGGAUACACCAAGUCACCAACCAUUUUGUUAAAUAUUGAAAUAUCUGUAACUACGCAAGUUGAAGGAAAGGAAGGAUAUUUUAAUUUUAUAUGAUACACCAGCCAUUUUAUCAAGAUUUUAAAUGACUAUAGACUGACGUCCAAAACUCAAAACAGAAAGAACAGAGAAGAAUCUCUAAAACAAAGACCAUUUUGUUCCUCAUGUGUUUAUAUUAUAUAGUUGUGCCUGUUUGUAAUUGUGAGAAUGAGAAACAGAAGAGAUGGGAUGCAUGUAUAUGCACAAAGGUAUUCUGCCGUUCACUGCCUUGCUCACCGUGGAAUGCAUCAACGUGGGUGGAGGUGUUAUUUAUAAGGCAGCUGCCUCAAGAGGGUUGAGCUACUAUGUUCUCAUUGUCUACUCUUUUGCAAUUGCCACCAUUAUCCUCCUCCCUCUGCCUUUCAUCUUUCGCAGAACAGGGCUUCCGCCAUUUAAGCUCUCACUCAUAUUUAAGCUCUUCCUCCUUGGAACAAUCGGGUUUUUGGGUAGGUUAUGUGGAUAUAAAGGCAUAGAGUACAGUUCACCAUCUCUUGCUUCAGCUAUUGGCAACCUCUCUCCAGCUUUUAUCUUCAUACUUGCCGUAACUUUCAGUAUGGAAAGACUAAAUUGGAGAAGCAGAAGCACUCAAGCCAAAGUGAUGGGUACUCUAGUAUUAAUAUCCGGUGUACUAGUAGUAGUGCUGUAUAAAGGCCCAACUAUUCUAUCACAUACGACUCCAUCCUUUCUUGGAUUUUCAGAAAAGGAGUGGGUGAAAGGCGGCCUAUUACUUACUCUUGGAUACCUUUUCUUCUCUAUGUCGGCUAUCCUUUAUUCUGAUGCAUGUUUGCUGCAGACCCAUAUUGUGAAGGCAUACCCAGAUGAGCUAGUUCUGGCCGUCCUAUACAACUUGUGUGGGACAAUUGUAUCAGCACCAACAUGUUUCAUAUUGGAAAAAAACUUGAUUUCUUGGAGAAUAACACCCGGUAUAUCAUUGCUUGCCAUUAUAUACUCGGGGUCCUUUGUUCUAUCCUUUGGCAUCCUAGUUCAUAUAUGGGGCAUGCACAUGAAGGGUCCUGUCUAUGUUGCAAGCUUCAAACCAUUAUCAAUUGUUAUUGCAGCUGCUUUGAGUUUCAUAUUCCUUGGUGAUGCUCUCUAUCUCGGCAGCGUCGUUGGAGGUAUAGUGAUCACGAUAGGGUUUUAUGCUGUAAUAUGGGGAAAGGCAAAAGAAGAAGUAAUGAGUGAAGACUGUAUCUUACCUAUUGAUACGACACCUUUGUUGAUAGGCUACAAAUCAGUUGAAAACAUGUAAUUGUGUAAGCUGAAAUAUCAGCUGAUUAAAAUUCCAGCACUUGCACCUCAAGAACAGAAUAAGAAAAAAAGUUCAUUGUUCUCUGCUACUGAAAUAUUCACUCUUUCUCAUUUGGGUGCAAACCCAUGUAUGUAAAUUGCUAAUUUUUUAUUUUUUUGAAUUCCUUGGAAAGUUGCCAAGAUAUGCAAGAGAUUGAGUGAACAAUCUUUAAAUGCUCCUUGGGGUUUGAUUCAUCUGUCAGCAAUUCUAGUUCACAUAUACUUGAGGCUAGUUAACAUUGUGUGUCAAAUGCAGAAUACUAGUUGUUCAUAAAAAUUAUGUAACCCUUAU